CGCUGGUUGAUAAGAGAUCAGGUUGUGUUCUAUUCUAUCAUUGUAUCAUUGCAUUAUUGUAUUUACUGUAUUGUAUUGAACUCUUGUGUUGUAUCUAUUGUAUUGUAUUACUGUAUUGUAUUAUUGCAUUCUCUGCUGUCUCAGAGUAAUGUGAGCAAUGUCUGCAAUCUCUCGUCUCCCACCUGAGCUCCUCCUCGACAUCGCCGCCUACCUCUCCUCCACCGACCUCCUCGCAUUCAGAGUCGCCGUGCCUUCCGCCGCCCCCGUUCUUCUCAACCGUCCCGACUACUGGAAAACCCGAAUCGAGCACGACUUCGGCCGCGAAGGCCUCGACUACGCUCUCUUCGCCUCCUCCACCUUCUCCCAGCACGACCACCAGCAACAGCCCUGGGAUAUAAUCUACCGCGCCCUCUCCUCCCAAUGGACAUUCAGCUUCUCCGCUCUCCACCAAUGGCGCGUAAUCUCCCUCGGCAAACCCAUCGGCUGCAAACCGGACGACGACUCCCUCCACGGCUCCGCGCUCGUCAUCGCGCCUGAGGACCCGUUGAUCUGGUACCAUGUCUUUCGCAACGUGCUCGUCGCGCCGGGGAAGUAUCUCCUGCGCUGGCGGUUGCGGUUCGGGUUUGAUCCGAUGGGACUGUGGUAUCGGUAUGAGCGGAAUGCGUAUGUGUUUAAUGUCUAUCUCUACGACGACGAUGACGAAGACGCGCGCGCGAGCUCGAGUGCCGCGCUCUUCAAUGGUAGCAGCAGCGAGCAAUCCUCGCGCGCGGCGGACACGAUGACGCGCGCGACGCGGAAGUUACUGGUAUCUGUACCCAUGAGCGCUGCAAGCUCGGCGAUCGAAAACACAGGCAUGUUUCAGAAUAUCGAACUGGCGGAGUUUUCGGUGCCGGCGAAGAAGCACAGCGGGGAGAAGAGCGGGGAGAAGGGGUUGGAGUGGCGGAUGAUUGCGGUUGAAGUGCGCGAGACGGAGACGAUGCGGCAUAAAUUUGAUUUCAGUCUAGACCAAGUCCAACUCCACCUCCUCGAACCAAGCGACCCCUCCACAUUCACCCACAUCCGCGCGGUAUCAGACGACAAAGACGACGUGAUCCACACGCACGACGUGUAUGCUGAAAGCCAGGCGCUGGCGGUUAAGUUGCGGCAGCAUGUGAAUGGGUUUGACGAGAGCUCGAUGCUGCCGUUUGUGUCGAGUCAGUCGGAUUAUAUUCGGUUGAUGUUGGGGCAUAAUAUUGAUUGACUAUGAGAUGACGAUGCUAUACACAGCUAGUUGCCGUACUCGGUGAUCUGACUGCUCUCCGGAAAACUAUCACCAACCUGCAACGCGUCUGUGAGGUUAUAUCUAUCACUAUGAGAUGAUGAUGCUAUACACAUGCUGUUGCCGUACUCGGCAAUCUGACUACUCUCCGGAAAGCUAUCACCAACCUGCAACGCGUCCGUGAGUUUAUAUCACGUUUAUGAGAUGACGAUGCUAUAUACAUGCUAGUUGCUAUACGCGGCAAUCUGACUACUCUCCGGAAAGCUAUCACCAACUUGCAACGCGUCCAUGAGGUUUAACGCAUCCAUGAGGUUAUAUCUAUGACUAUGACUAUGACGAUGCUAUACAAAUGCUAGUUGCUAUACUCAGUGAUAUAACUGCUCUUCUCAAGA